AUGUUCACAAGCGGCAUAAAGACUCUGAAUGAUAUGGUACUUGGCUCUUGGGUGAGUUGAGCUCCUAUAACAAAGGUAUUAUUAGUACUACUAUUGCAUGCUUUCAUUAUGUUGAGAGCUGCACAAAACCUGACAUUGACAAAGCAAAUAACCCUUGGACUCUCUCUGACCCUUCCUUCCUUUCGCCUAUCUGCAAUAUUGACUGUGCCAUACGUACGUAACUUACACUGUAUGCUGUAACACUUACUUAAAGCCCGUAGGUACCUACACUGUAAGCAGAAACACUUACUUAAAGCCUGUAGGUAUAAUGCAUUAUGAUGAUGUUCUAAUCCAUUUUAAGACUAUAGGCACAAAUUAGCCUCUUCCUGUCUUUUUAUCCUAUUAUAAUCAUCCUGACUAAAUAACAGCCUAUUUGAGUCAGUUGAAAAUCUCCUACAUACAGUAGAGAGGGACAAAACAUAGCCUCAUAACAAGGCAUUGUAAAGGCUCAUACAUGCUUACAACAAGUUAUAAUGCAUUAUACCUGCAGAUUUUAAGUAAAGUGUUACCACUUAUGCUUAUGCAUGUGCAGCGUAUGCAUGUGUAUUGGCACUGGCAGUCGGGGAGUAUGUACUGGUACUGAAAAGACCUGUCUAAUGUUCUCUGUCUGCCUCUACUACUACAGUCACAGAACCCAGAGGAGCCCAGUACUGGUGUCUUGGGCCGGAUCGGGAGCUGGUUCUCCCCCUGGAAAGAAAGAGGGAGCCCCAGGAGUCCCAUUGACGAUGCCUCUCAGUCCCCGACGGACGACCAGAGCCCCAGGCCAGAAGGAGAGGGGGCCCAGGAGGAGCCUGUGAGGGGAGAAGAAGGGCAGCAGAAAGAGGGACAGAAUUCCCAGCCUGCCCAGCGGCAUCUCUCCAGGGAUUUUGAGGAGGCGAACGCGGCGGACGCCAGAGCGUCUACCCACAGAGACAGCCCCCUCUCUGCAGCCAGCAGCCACAGCGAGUGGGGAGGAGGAGGAGAAGGAGGAGAUCCUAGGGAGGAGGAAAAGUGGUGGAUUGCCUCGCAGGGAGAGGAGAGGGAGGAGGAGGGGGGAAGGCGCAGUGGAGCGAGGGGGAAUCCUGCCCCGGAGAGGAAUGCCAGCCAUCUGACACGUGUGCUUUCAUCUGCCCUUGAAGAGGGGGUGGCCUGGGAGGACUCUGACCGACAGGAACACACCCAGGCUCACACACACACACAUGCCCUGCCCCGAGCCGAAGUCCAGGCAGGCAAGAGGCUGCAUGUGUACCUGGAGGAGACGAGUCUCAGCCUGAGCCAGAACGGAACGGACACCCACACAAAGCAGGAAGUGCUCCACGCCAUCACCACCACCAGGGUGAAGAAAAGCAUCCAGGUGGUUUCUAGAGCAAAAUCAUCCAAGAGUGUUGAUUUGUCAUCAGAGAACACCAAUACAAAGGAGAGGACCGAGGAGCGCAAAAGGACUUGUCUCAAAGCUAUAGGGGUCAAAGGUCAUAGCAGUUACAGUGCCCUGGUGGGAGUGUCACUGAAGUCGCAAACAGAGACACAGACAAGCUCACAAACCAUCCCUGAGCUCUCUGGUGAGGAGGAGUCAGACAGAGACACAGACACAAUGGGCCGUAAGAACUCAGGCAGGAGGCGGUCCAGGAAGAGCUCCUCCGGAGACGGAGGAGGAGCCAGUUCUCAGGAGAAUACGCCCACCAAACCCAAGCCUGGAGCCGAGAACUCUCCUACAUCAUCAGAAUAUAACACACCUAAACCUGGAAACUCCACCCCCUCCUCUUCUAAAGACAAACAUGCCUCAGUGAUUUUACCUGAGGCAGGUAAACAGGAGUCAACCACCUUUAGUGGCAUUCCAACAAAAACACGCAGAGGGAAGGAGAGAGAGGAAGCCCAGGAGGACCUAGAUGCACCAGUACAUGCCACCCUGGUGGCCGUGGUGGACGGGGAAGGGGACAUGGAUGUAGACGUGCUUGACGACACUAGCCCAUGCCGGGUGGAGAGGCGCACGGAGAGCGCCGAGUCCAAACGCCGGAGCAUGAAGGUGUCACACAGCGAGGUGAAGUUUUUUGCGAAGAAAGUGAUGGUGAACUCAGAGCAGCCACUGAGUCCGGAGGGAGAUGGAGGACUCGUAGCCAUGAGCGUUAAGAAAGGAGGAAUGGCUACAGGAAAGGUCACGGAGGGUAAUGAUACAGCUAAGGGAAAGGGCAAGGUGGAACCAAAGGUGACAAAGAGGUGAGUGGUGUUUACCUGACUACUAGAUUGCUGUAUUGUUGGAUAACCUACUUCCUGACUAUGCGGUUUAGGAUUCAGAUAUGUUAUUUAAAUACUUAAAAAUAUAUCUGUUUAUAGUGAAAAUGUGAAAUAAUGUUAUUGUACCUGUAGUGCAUGAAAAUAUUUCCUACAUUUGUUGACAUUUCAACCCCUAUCUCCACUUAGCUGAUAAAGUAUUUUCAAAACACAACAAAUAUAAUGUAUUUACAGCUAGAUAAAUUGAAUAUCAUGUUUUUUUUUCAAACUGAGACAGAAAACAUGCUUCUUUGUUUUCAUUGGUCACAGACCACCUGAUCUAAAGAAAGUGGACGAGGAAUCCAAGACUCCUCAGCCUAUUGGGCGGAUCACAGAUAGGAUUAGCCUUUUCGAGGGGAGAGCGAUGGGGGUUGCCAGUCCCAGUAAGACUUACCCCAGGAGCGCAGAUGUUUCUCCCACCAGGAAAGUCACAGAGCAGCUAAAAAGAGAUGUAAACAGAGAGCUCGGGUUACCAGAUCAGCGGGCGAAAUCGGUGGAACGUGGCAAUGCCAGGUCCAACUCGGCCCCCCCUGUUCAGGAGAAAUUAAAAACGGUACGGGAGCGGGCGUGGAACUUUGCAGAGGCUCAGAAGAUAGAUGAUAAAGCAAUGGUUCCCCAAAAGUCCUCUAGUAUUGCAGGAAUGCCCCAAAAUUCUACAGCUUCCCCCGCUUCUGCUGUGUCAAAGACAACAAAACAGGACAUUCAGGGAAAACUGGCCAGCGGGGAGAAGACUCCUACUCGGACCACCCUGAAGGCAGAGAUAACAUUGAAACCAGCGGAGCCAGAUACCACCACAGUAGCCGUCAUACCAGUUCCUAAAGAAGAUCAGACAGACUCCAAAACAAAGGACAAAGAGGCUACUGAAACAGUGGAGCUACCAAAGAGACCUACCAAUAUUGACCUAAAUACUUCAGCUAAAGGGGGGAGUGGCUCAGACUCAAGCCAACUGACCCCUCAUGUGGACUCAACCAAUGAGGUCAGCCCACAACCCAAAGCCAACAGCAGACAAAACUCCAAGUCCAAGAGACGGAAAAGCAAAGGAGCGGAGUCAGCCAAUCACCUGAACCUGAGCUGUGACAUCAAACAGGAAGUGACAAACACUGAGCAGGUAGUGGUCAUCAGCAAACAGGAAGAGGCAGGUACCACAAAGAAAAUGGCUGCUGAGCAGGACGUUAAGACAGUUACAUCGCCACAAUCUGUAGACGUAACAUCAGAUGUUAAAAAAGAGUCAGUUAGAGAAACCAGCCAGCAAGCAGUCAGUAAAAAGCCAGCACCCUCAGACAAGCAGAUAGAGUCAUUGUCAGAUGAAAAGCAAAAUUCUAACAAACCGUUAAAGGAAAAGACGCAAUCACCCACACCUCCAAACGUCAACAAAGACAAUAAAAUGGCUACCUCUGAUCAUAUCAGUGUAAGAAAGGAGCCCAAUGAUAAAACUGUAGACAUUCUACCCUCACAGAGUUCUAAGGGAGAGAAGGCAGAGGAGGCAAUCUCUGGGGAGACCUCUACGGUUAAGACAAAUCAAAAUGUUUCCAAGGACAACAGCAAAACAUCCCUGCCUUCACAUUUGCCUGAGAAAAAACAGACUCUUGUUCAAGACCCCUCUCCUGUGGAGCACGGCUCACCUGUCCCACACAAUAAAGUAGACAACAGACCAAAGCAGCCUGAAAAGAAAGUGGUGGAAAUGGUAAAGCAGCCUAAUAAAAAUACAGAUAAAAAGCCAGAGAAGAAUGUGCCUUCAGGCAGUAGACAAGACACCCCGGAGACAGCCGCUAGCAAGGCUAAGAGCAAAGAGAACCCCAAGCUCAUUACAGAGCCAGACACAUCCAAAUCAGUGUUGAAACAAACAGAUCCAACUGUCCCACCCUAUGUAGCUCCUAUUAAACCUCCAGCCUCACUGACUCCUACACAGUCUUCUCAGUCAGAUAAAACUGCCGGUGGUGUUGUCACUCAGAUUGAUGAGACAGCGAAGGGAAAAUACAGUGAUAAAUGUGAAACCGACCCUCCUAAGGAAGGGUCGUCUACACAUGUGCCUGAGCAGAAAACAAAAUCUUACCAUCAGGAACCUAUAUUAGAAAAGCAGCAAACCAAGGCCUCAAAGCAGACACAGUCUGUAAUGUCAUCUGAGGCAAAGACAGAUAAACCUAGCCACGACACACCGACACACGGAGUGAGCCCUACCCCAGAACCCACACCCUCAAUGCCUAGCACUACAGUGCCAGUAGCAGAGAAGGACACAGAAAGCAAGGCCUCAAAACCUACAGCGGUAGAUACUACUCAGAAUCCUUUGGAGACCAAAGCCCCAGGACAGACAAAGUGUCAGGUGGAGAAAGAACCUCUGGCCCCAGUGAAGGGGCAUCUCCCUGGGUCAAAGCCGAAGAGCAGUGAGGGGCCAGGGCUAGAUGUUGGGAAAGUAGCAGAGAAGGACACCACAGUAAAAACAGAAAGCAAGGCCUCAAAACCUACAGUAGUAGAUACUACUCAAAAACCUUCGGAGACCAAAGCCCCAGGACAGAAAAAGGGUCAGGGAGAGAAAGAAACUCUGGCCCCAGUGAUGGAACCAGGGCUGGAUGUUGGAAAGGAGAACUCCACUGUAAAGACUAUGGCCCCAGAGGUGAAAAAGUCAGAGGAUGUGAAGCAGGGGAACGCUCUGACAAGCCAAUCACAGAGUGAGAACAGAGAAAAGACAGUGAUGUUGCCCAAUCAAAAGCUAGCAGAGGGAAAAGGGGAUGCACUUGAACAAAAGUCAUCUACUAGUAGUAGUACUACUACUGUGUUAGAAAGGACAGCUGAUGACAUUCAAGGAAUUGUGGUAACAAAUCCUCCAACGGUUGUGAAUGACGAGAUCCGCCCGGUAACACAACCUGAGAUGACCAAUGAGAAAUCAACCUUUCUCCCCAGUCCAGGCAAAGCUCUGAAAAUACCCUCUUCUACUGAAACCACCAAACAGAGCCCAGUCUCUCCCCAACAUCCAUCCCUGAAUAAGCUCCCCUUACUGGGGGGCGGUGGCAGUGGCAUACCCCUCCAACGCGACACCCCCUCCAGCUGGCUAGACGUGGACCAUCGCUUCCCCAAGCCGAAGCUCCUCCGCCCCCUUGAACCCAAGCUCAGCUUGUCGGUCAGCGAUAGCAACCUCUUGGACACAUCCGGAGAACUGGACGACGACGACUUCAUCGAGAACAUAAAACGCCUUGGCGUGCCUUUCUCGUUGCCACCGCGGAAGAACCACCACCACCACCAUCAUCCCAAGCCACCGUUCGCAAUGCCCGCCAUCAGGGAGGACCGCUUCGAGAAGACAUUUGACCCUGAGGAGUUCCAGUUCGGCCUGAGGAGGAAGAGGGAGUUUUCUAUGGAGACGACCCCAAGUCUUCUGGCUAAGCUCCAGAGUAACGAGGUCAAAAGGGAGCUGAAGCCGGCCAGGGCCAGCAUCACAGACCGGGACAGGGGCAGCAUCCUACUUAAGAGCCUCGACAGCCGUUCCAGCCUCCUCUUGGAGAGGGAGAAGACCACCAUGGAGGAGGGCGUGGAGAAGAAGAAGGAAGAGGGCGAGGGGGGGGAGAAGAAAGAGGAGGAGGCGAAGGUGGUGAAACCUCGUAUGUCGCGCUUGGAGGGGAGCUGUAUCUUCAGUAGCCUGAUCAGCUCCUCCACCCGGGGAAAGAGGCCCGGAGUUCAACCCCAGACGUACUCCACUCUGGGUGGGGAGGUGUCGCCCACCGAGGCCCCUCACCUCCAGCCCAGCCCUUCACCAGUCACUAAGCCACCCCAGCCUACCCCCACUUUCUCUGGGGAGCUCAGCCAGGCAUUGGCCCAACAGCCCAGCCCUCCACCACCAGUUCCCCAGCCUUCCCCCACUUCCUCUGGGGAUGCUACCAUCCAGAGUCCUAACCUGGGGAACAGGCCCACUGCCCAGGCUGCUGUGGUCAGUGACUCAGCUUCUCCGUUCCCCUCCUUUCCUCCUCUCCCCUCCUUUAACGACAUCAAGCUGCCGGAGUAUUUAGAGAAGUACCUUCCUCUGCGAGAGCCUGCUGUGAAACUAGAGAUGAGCACAGGGCAGGAACCGCUCAACUCAGAGGUCAGUUUUCUACAACUCUCAAUUCUAUUGAGUAGCGCGUGCAUCCCACACCGUAUGUUGAAUCUAGCGCUUUUGAACAUCUCAAUGCGCUGUGUUUCCCAAACCUCUCUUUGAGAAUCCCAAGCCAUGUCACAUAUUUGGUCUAUUCCAGUACCAACACACCUGAUACUCUAAUCCAAUGUUUAACAGUUAGUUGACCUUUCAGAUGUGCGGGUACUGGCAUAGACCAAAUAAGUGGAAUGGCUGGGGGUACCCGAGGAGAUGUUUUGGGAAACACUGCCAUUGAGAUGUUCGAAAGCUAUAGAGUGAGUGAUCAAUCUUGAUUGAAUGGUGUGAAAUGCAAGCAGAGUACUGUAGUUGAUGUACAGUACAACAGUACAAGUUAAUCUCACACUAACAAGAAGAAAAGUUAUUGGACAAAAUAAUGAUAAUGUAUGCAUUUCCCAUUGAUGAGAAGAACAAUUCAUAGAACGCAGAUGCUCUGUUCCUUGUUUAAACAUGUUAUCCUAUUUCAGUAAUAGUUUUUGUAUUUCCGUAGGUUUGUAAGGGGAGGGAAGCCUGUCUAACUGCCUCGCACAUUGAUCCUUAUCUGAUGGGUAUUUAUUUAAUGGUUAUUGUUUGGUUAUAACAGGUUAUUGGAGGGACGAAGCCACAUGGAGGAGGUGGAGGAGGAGACUUGAAUAUCAGGCCUGGAAUCCUAGUGGUGGAUGGAAGACCUCAGAGUCUUCCUCUGGUUCCUCCAUCCUCACUACUCGAGAUCAAGGCCCCUCUGGCUGGCCCGCUAGGGCCUCGUACUGACCAUGUAAGUGUGUGUGGGAGAAGGGGAUGGGGGGGGGGGGGGGGUCUGUGUUUCUGUAUGUGCGUAUGUAUGUUAUAUUUAUAAAACAGUUUAAUUGACUUAAACAUGUCUCAUAAUAGUCAAUAAAACAAACCAAAGUCAAACCAUGCGUCAGAAAGGCCUGACCCACAAACAAGUACACAGUACAGUCUUAGGAAAAAAAAGUUGCAAUCUUGAAUCUUAAAAGGUUAUUCGGCUGUCCCCAUAGGAGAACCCUUUGAAUAAUCAUUUUUGGUUCCAGGUAGAACCCUUUUGGGUUCCAGGUAGAACCCUUUUGGGUUCCAUGUAGAACCCUUUGUACAGUGGGUUCUACAUGGAACCCAAAAGGUUCUACCUGGAACCAAAAACGGUUCUACCUGGAACCAAAAAGGGUUCUACUAUGGGGACAGCUGAAGAACCCUUUUGGAACCCUUUUUUCUAAGUGUGGACAGUACACAGUACACAGCAUUAACUAAGACAAUGAUAAGCAGCUCUGGAAUAUGGAUUUUAUGACACUGAAGAUAACCAUCUAGAAUGUCAUGAUAAUUGCAGUGUUCAUGUGGUUUUGGUGUUGCAGAGAGAGGCUGUGAACGGAUUCCAUAGGCGCCCAGGAAAGGUAGGCACAGCUUCAAACAGAUAUUUCCAAAAAACAAAGAUAGAAUUGAAAGAAUUGGCAUUGAAACUGGAUGGAAAGAGACACUAUUGGCUGUGUCCCAAAUGGCACCCUAUUCCCCAUGUAGUGCACUACUUUUGACCAGGGCCCAUAGGACUAUACAGAAUAGGUUGCCAUUUGGGACCCUGCCAUUGUGUUAUUGAAGACAUCUGUUUCAUAUGGUUUUGCAUCAAGGGAAAAUGGGGUUGUGAGAGAAAGGAGCUAUACAGAUUUACAGCUGGAUGUGUUUAAGAACAAGCUAUUCUGUACUGCCAAGAGCCAUUUCAACUCUGUGGUAAAGCAUUGUAUUGUGGAAUCUCAGGGGGUGGGGUUGGAAGGCAGGCAGUUAACCAUGUACCUUAUUUUCUUUAUGCUGGAUGUUUCAGUAACUGCAUAUCUGCAUGCAAGAGUAAUAAGGUAGCAUCCCAAAUGGCACCCUAUUCCCUAUAUAGUGCACUGCUUUUGACCAGAGCCCUAUGGUGCAGUAUAAAGGGAAUAGGGUGUCAUUUGGGAUUUAGUGAGGUCAUAUAAUACAGUGCUAUGAAAAAGUAUUUGCCCCCUUUCUAAUUUUCUCUACUUUUGCAUAUUUGUGAUACUGAAUGUUAUCAGAUCUUCAACCAAAACCUAAUAUUAGAUAAAGGGAACAUAAGUGAACAAAUAACACAACAAUUACAUUUUUAUUUCAUUUAUUUCACACCCAAUUCCCCUGUGUGAAUUGCCCCCUUACCUUUAGCUGCAAUGACUCCAACCAAAUGCUUCCUGUAGUUGUUGAUCAGUCUCUCACGUCCAUGCAGAACUGCUUUAACUCAGUGACAUGUGGGUUUUCAAGCAUGAACUGCUCGUUUCAAGUCCUGCCACAACAUCUCAAUUGGGAUUAGGUCUGGACUUUGACUAGGCCAUUCCAAAACUUCCAAUUUGUUGCUUUUUAGCAAUUUUCAUGUAGACUUGAUUGUGUGUUUUGGAUCAUUGUCUUGCUGCAUGACCCAGCUGCGCUUCAGCUUCAGCUCACAGACGGAUGGUUUGACAUUCUCCUGUAGAAUUCUCUGAUACAGAGCAGAAUUCAUGGUACCUUCUAUUAAGGCAAGUCGUCCAGGUCCUGAGGCAGCAAAGCAUCCCCAAACCAUCACACCACCACCACCAUGCUUGACCUUUGGUAUGAUGUUCUUACUGUGGAAUGUAGAGUUUGGUUUUCGCCAGGCAUUACUGGAACCAUGUCGUCCAAAAAGUUAUACUUUUGAAUCAUCUGUCCAUAGAACGUUCUUCCAAGAGUCUUGAUGAUCAUCCAGGUGCUAUUUGGCAAACUUGAGUCAACUUUUUGGACGAGAUGGGUCCCAUUAUGCCUGGCGAAAACCAAACACUGCAUUCCACAGUAAGAACAUCAUACCAAAGGUCAAGCAUGGUGGUGGUGGUGUGAUGGUUUGGGGAUGCUUUGCUGCCUGACCUGACCUAAUCCCAAUUGAGAUGUUGUGGCAGGACUUGAAACUAGCAGUUCAUGCUUGAAAACCCACACAUUACUGAGUUAAAGCAGUUCUGCAAGGAAGAGUUGGCCAAAAUUCCUCCACAGCGACGUGAGAGACUGAUCAAGAACUACAGGAAGCAUUUGGUUGGAGUCAUUGCAGCUAAAGGUGGCACAACCAGUUAUUGAGUGUAAGGGGGCAAUUACUUUUUCACACAGGGGAAUUGGGUGUUGCAUAACUUUGUUUAUGAAAUAAAUGAAAUAAAAAUGUAAUUGUUGUGUUAUUUGUUCACUUAUGUUCCCUUUAUCUAAUAUUAGGUUUUGGUUGAAGAUCUGAUAACAUUCAGUAUCACAAAUAUGCAAAAGUAGAGAAAAUUAGAAAGGGGGCAAAUAUUUUUCAUAGCACUGUACUUGAAGAAGAAAAUUAGAAGUGAAUGGAAUGAAACAUCCAAAUAAACUCUCAUGGUAGCUCCACCAACUUAGUCACAUGAUGAGUCACCCGAUGAGUCAUACAAUGUGAUGGAAUAUUGACAUCAGAUUCCGAGAGGGAGAGUUAAUAUACUUCCUUUUCUUGAUGUGUUGAUUAAAUUACAGUUCGUUUUGGUAGUCGGAUAAUGGAUGUUUGCUUCUUCAAAAAUAUAUACAUAACACGUUUCAAAACGAGGCAGCAAUAUCAUUUAUUUUUCUCUUGAUGUUUUGAAAUGACACGUGGUGUUUCCAUGGUGUUGUUUGAGCAUUUCCUUUUCUCUUGAUGCUUUCUUCAAGAAAAUAUAAACCCACACAGUACGCCUUGCCAGUAUCACUUUAGUAUAUUAAGCUUAUGGUCUCUGCCUUCGUCAGAGCUACUCAUUACUUCUUCUUCUCUUGAUGUUUUGAAAUGACAAAAUGGCUUCCCUGUUCCUAUGAUUUAGAUGGUGUUGUUUGAGCGUGACCAGUUUAGUGGCCAGGCUUAUGAAGUCUUCAGAGACGUGGUGGAUGCCACCCAGCUCCAACUGUCUCCUAUGAUUUCUGUGAAGGUGGUGAGAGGAUGGUGAGUCACGCAGCCAAACUGGCCCUUAUUUCCUACAGAGAAAAUGUUUUGUUUUCAAAGUUCGAGCAAAGUCUGGAAUAGGAAUAAACAGUUUACCAAAGAAACACAUAGCUUUGUAUGCUCUGUCUAUCGUCUGUAGAAAGCAUAUUUAGAUAACAUGUAGCGUAGUACUUUCUUGGCAGAGAAUAUCUGGCAUGCCUAGCUGAGUCAUUCGAUGGGUUCAAAUACCAUCCCAUCCUAUGACUCAUGUCAGGAAAUACCAAUGCAUGAACAUGAUAACAAUUAUAUUGGCUGUUUAUCAGUCAAAUUACUUCAUUUUUAUGAAUCAACCACCCACAGUUAUUGAACUACAUGCUAGUGGGACAAACAAUAAACGAAUCUAAAGUCAAAUAGCCUGGGCACCAGUCUUUCCACUCCUUUUUAUGCAAAACACAGAGUACAAAGAGUGGAAUGUUAGCCAAACAGGUUCAGGGUUUCAGGCUACAGAAAAACAGCUUCGGGGUUUCAGGCUACAGAAAAACAGGUUCAUGGUCAUUGAUAGUCAAUAAAAUAAAUCUGGUUUAAUUCAAGUUGCAACAGGAAGACAUCAUCCAGCAAGAGUGAGUGUGUGUAGGGUCAGUGCAAGAUCAAAUAAAAUAACAUGUUAUUUGUCACAUGCUUACUUACAAGCCCUUAACCAACAAUACAGUUCAAGAAAUAGAGUUAAGAAAAUAUUUACUAAAUAAACUAAAGUAAAAAAAAAUUAAAAAAAAAUCACACAAUAAAAUAACAAUAACGAGGCUAUAUACAGGGGGUACCGGUACCGAAUCAAUGUACGGGGGUACAGGUUAGUCAAGGUAAUUUGUACAUGUAGGUAGGGGUAAAGUGACUAUGCAUAGAUAAAAAACAGGAAGUAGCAGCAGUGUAAAAACAAAGUAAAUAGCCCGGGUGGCCAUUUGAUUAAUUGUUCAGCAGUCUUAUGGCUUGGGGGUAGAAGCUGUUAAGGAGCCUUUUGGACCUAGACUUGGCACUCCGGUACCGCUUGUCAGUGCAGAUAGUUCGGGUACCAUUAAUUGACUAUUUAUCAGUCUGGCUAUUUAUGUUCUGAUACCGUUUGCUGGACGUUAGCAGAGUGAACAGUCUAUGGCUUGGGUGGCUGAGUCUUUGGCAAUUUUUCGGGCCUUCCUCUGACACCGCCUGAUAUAGAGUUCCUGGAUGGCAGGGAGCUCGGCCCAGUGAUGUACUGGGCUGUCCGCACCACCCUUUGUAGCGCUUUGCGGUCAAGGGCGGUGCAGUUGCCAUACCAAGCGGUGAUGCAGCCAGUCAAGAUGCUCUCGAUGGUGCAGCUCUAUACGUUUUUGAGGAUCUGAGGGCCCAUGCCAAAUAUUUUCAGCCUCCUGAGGGGGAAGAGGCUCUGCCGUGUCCUCUUCACGACUGUGCGCGUGUAUGUGGACCAUGUUAAGUCCUUAGUGAUGUGGAAGCCAAGGAACUUAAAGCUCUCGACCUGCUUCACAACAGCCCUGUCGAUGUGGAUGGGGGCGUGCUCUCCCCUCUUUCUCCUAUAGUCCACGAUCUGCUCCUUGGUCUUACUGAUGUUGAGGGAGAAGUUGUUGUGUUGGCAUCACACUUCUACGUCUUUGACCUCCUCCCUGUAGGCUGACUCAUCGCAGUCGGUGAUCAGGCCUAUCACCGUCGUGUCGUCAGCAAACCUGAUGGUGUUGGAGACAUGUGCGGCCACACAGUCUUUGGGUGAACAGGGAGUACAGGAGGGAACUAUGGUGUUGAAUGCUGAGCUGUAGUCUAUGAACAGCAUUCUCACAGUUAUUUCCCCUCUUGUCCAGUUGGGAGAGAGCAAUGUGUAAAGUGCAAUAUAGAUUGCGUCAUCUCUGGAUCUGUUGGGGCGGUAUGCGAAUUGGAGUGGGUCUAGGAUGUCUGGGAUGAUGGUGUUGAAGUGUAUCAUGACCAGCCUUUCAAACCACUUCAUAAUUACAGAUGUGAGUGCAACAGGGCGGUAGUCAUGUGGGCAGGUUACCUUGGAGCUCUUGGGAACAGGGACAAUGGUCAGACACCUGCCAGCUGGUCAUGCUUUGAGAACACGCCCUGGUAUUCCGUCUGGCCUUGUGAUUAUUAACCUGUUUAAACGUUUUGCUCACAUGGCCACGCAGAGUGAGAUCACACAGUCAUCCGGAAAAGUAGGGGCUUUCACGCAAGGCACAGUAUUAUAUUCCUCGAAGCGAGCGUAAAAGGCAUUUAGCACGUUUGGGACUUCUGCGUCACUGGGCAGCUCAUGGCUGGGUUUCCCUUUGUAAUCCGUUAUCGUCUGCAAGCCCUGCCACAUACAAGAAGCGUCAUAGCCGGUGUAAUAGGAUUCCACCGUCCUCCUAUAUUGUCCUUUUGCACAUUUGAUGUCUCGCCGGAGGUUGUAGCGGACUUUCUUGUAUGCGUCCAUGUCCAUGUUCCAUUAAUUGUAAGCAGUAGGUCUAGCAUUUAGCCCAGCACGGAUAUUGCCUGUAAUCCAUUGUUUCUGGUUAGGAUUAGUGCUUAAUUUGAGCCGGAUCCUGCCGGAACUGGAUCCGGCACCUCUCAGUAUUGGACUGUUUCACUCCGGAACCCAUUUGCCAGGAUCCAGCUAAUAAUUGCACUGUUUGCAAUGUAAAAAUUAUAAUAAAAGCAAUCAGAGUUUGGCUAAUUCAAGUUGAAUCCUCUGUAAUUCUCCUGGCUGCCCCCUAAAAAACGUAAUGUGAAAACGUGCCUGAUAAUUGAUUCAUUGUAGCCUAUAUAGACAAACGCGUGGCCAUUGCUGUGGUGAGUAAAAGAAAUGCGCCUGUAUCUCGCACAGAACUAGAAUGAGAUUCACUUUAUAUGAUCUUUCUCCCUCUCUCUGCUCUGAUAGACAUGAUCCUCCAUCUCUUAUCUCUCCAGUGUUGCACUUCAUCAUUUAUUUCCAUAUAGAAUCAUAGCUGCGCGAAGGAUUCUGGAGGUGCCGCAGCACCCCUGAUAAAUGUAAAUACAUUUGCCAAAGUUAUAGAAUUACUGCUAGUAGGCCUAUAAUUUAGCCACAGAUUAUCAAUAGUUUAUUUUAAAAAAUUGCCUAGCUGUGGAUUGUGUGUAGCCCAAUCACGAGACAUGCCUACAGUCAGGAACACGUGGCAAAUCUGUCAGUGAACAGCAUGCAGCCAAAACAGGCCUUUCACAAUAGUUCAAAUACAAUCGUGGGAAAAUACAGGUUGGAAAGCAAAUGGAUCCUGCUGAAAAUAGAAGACUAAUCUGUCUGUAGGCUACCAAGUUAUCAGCUUCCAAAUAGGCCUAUUGAGCGAACAGCAUUGUUUUACCAAGUAAAAUAAGAGAGAGAUAAGCUUUUGGUACGAGCGUAUCGGCCAUCGCGGGGGAGUGAGCUGAGGAUCAUUGGGUGAGUCAGUGAAACUGGAAAGCUUUUUUAGGACUAUAAUUUCCUCCUUCCUUCCCUCCAUCCAUUUACAAACACCUAGACCUAAGCUAUUGAUGGAUUGAAGUCAAGAUCGUUUUUAUUGAUCUCAGAUUCUCAGUUUGUCAGUGUCAAAGUAGCCUGUCAUUUCGAUCAUUUGUGAGGUAUUAAAAAAUAUUAUGCUAAAGUCUCCAGUCAUCUAAAAUGAUGUAGAAUUGCAUGAAAUGCAUUGAUAAGGGUCAAAUUUUUUCCGAACCAAGAGGCUACAUAUUUGUUUCCUUGUGUGCAACUUCUGCAAGCUCCUCUACUCUACUCAUCUAUGCCAGUAUGCAAAAGCAUGAUAAUGCAUGCCAUGCUUUACUAUAAAGGAUAUUUUUUUUCAUGCGUUCAGGUACCUCAGAGCAACCCGGGUCACCUCCCUCUCGGGCUCGCUUUUUGUUCCGGCACCUCCAAAUUUACUAAUCAAGCACUGGUUAGGAUACAUUCUUAUAGUCACUGUAGGGACGACAUUGUCUAUGCACUUAUUGAUGAAGCCCGUGGCUGUUGUGGUAAACUCCUCAAUGUUAUCGGACGAGGGAGGGCCUUGUAUGCAUUUCUGUGGGUAGAAUAAAAGAGGUCUACAUAGCCACUAUCAGGAACAACUGUUCUGUCAACAAUGGCUACUAGCCGUACGGAUUACAAGUAAGUAUCACAUCAGCACUUAAACAGGUCAAAGGUCAUUUUAAGAGGUACAACGAUCAUCAGCAAUUACAUUUAAUAACAGACGCAAUUAUAGACUAACAGUCGAUCACUUCAUUACCAAACAUGGAUGUUAGACAUGGAAUACCUGGUUAACUCCGGUUUCCCCUCUCCAGCGGAAUGCCUCCGUCAGCAUCUCCCCCGCUCACACAAAUAUGUUUAAUACAGAUCAUCCAGAGUCAAUACAACAGCAAUCAAAUACAUGGAAAAUAACAAAUCAAUUAAGAGACAGAGAUAAUUUAUUAAUCAUAUUGUUCCAAUUAGUCUAUUUCUAUGAAAAAUAUUUUAUGUGUUUUUUUACCGGCUCCAAUUUGUCUUUGCAGCUGGGUGCUUUAUGAGAGGCCUGGAUUCGAGGGGCGUUCCAUUGCCCUAGAGGAGGGGCCUAUUGAGCUGACCAAUGUCUGGGCAGAUGCAGGGCCACCAGGUUCACACCCCAAUGUCGACCCACCAAUGGUCAUCGGCUCCAUCCGACAUGCUGUAUGGGUGAGUGUCCACUCUGUUAUAAAUGUUGCUACAUAGAGAGACAUACUGUAACAUAUCACGAGCCUAAUAGUAAGCCACAAUAAAGGCUAAUAAUACGUAAGGGAUCAUCAACGAGGGGAAGAGCUGCCAUGUUCGCUGGUUUCCCGAAAAUUGGGCUACUAUGAAAACGAUGUCGCGGGUGAAAAUGUAUUGGUCUCGGGUGAAAAUGUAUUGGUCUCGGGUGGCGGGUUUUUGGGCGACUUCUAAUUGCACCGCGGCCGCCAUGGUAUUUAUCUCAAAAAAAUAUACAGUAUAUUUCACUGCAUUGAGCAGGAUGUUACUAAGGGCCGGAAGGGUGUGUGUGCAUUGAGAGCACUGGUUGAGAGAAUGCUGUAUCAGAGGCAGCUGAGUCACGGAGACAACUUUUUACCAGUUGUAGGUAGGCUAUUUAGAUUGGUCAUUAUGGAGACACCCUUUUUCCAUAAAACAUAUUAACGCGCUAGAACUGACAUAACUGCGACAAAGCAUUGGAAAACAACUUUAGGCGCACUAGAGCUCUUUAGAUAAAUUCACUCAGAGGUGUUUUAAAGUAAAUUUCAUUCUAAUGUCGACUUUUCUUAUGGAUAAGCAAAGGGUUUGUUCAUGCUCAGUUCUAGGGUCUGGAGCGUUGCGCGAGUGGACAUUUUAAAUGGAAGGUAUGGAACUCCCUGGCAUGCUUCUGUUAUGGGAAAAAGUCCACAGUGAAAAUGACGUUACAUGUGGAGAAUGAUAGGGUAUAUUUGCGUCUGUUGGCCAUCAAGUAGGCUAUUAAUGUCUAUGCCAUUGUAGGCUACUGUAGCCUACCAUUUGAUACAAUAAAUAUGUUGAAAUUACGAUAUCACUGGUGUCAUUGCAAGUCAAUUUGUGCCACUUGUGUAGCCUACCUGGAGCUGGCAAACGGAUUUAAUAAAUAGCCUAUAACUCAGUUUGUUGUUGUAGCCUUGUGUUAUUAUGCAAUGAUUAAUGGCCAUGUUUAGUUAAUUACAUUGGAAGUCAUCAAUUGUGAUCAUGGUCACAGCUCUAUCGCAAAUGUAUCAUUCUCCAGAUUUAAUGUCAGUUUCAUUGUGGACUUUUCCCUGAAAUUAGAUGUUGACCUAUCAGGGGCUAUAUAUAGGCUACCUACAUCUAGCUCAGCAAACCAUGGCAAAGUUGAUUUGCAAUUAUUAACCCAUAGCAGUUAAUCAUAGCAGUCAAAACAAGUUUAAUCGACAUCCAUUGAAGGAAAAUGAUCUGGAGAGUUUGAUAAGGGAGAUUUAUCUUUUCUCUUGCGACAUAUUCUUAAACUGGCAAUAAUUAUUAUUUUGAUGGAAAACCAAACUUUUCCCUUCAUUACUAUGGGACAGCUGGAAAUCAAAUUUCAAUAUUGAAACAAUGUUGCAAAUGUCAGAGAGACAGACAGCAAGGUUUAUACAAAUCUCCGCUGUUGAAAACCAAAUGCCAGUCUAAAAGGAAUGGGAGAUAAUGUCUAUAUGCUUUUUAUAGUGGGGAUCAAGUUUAUAAAUUGCCUGGCUGGGCUGAUGAGACAGUGGAUUGCGCAGUGAGAUGGAAGAGUAAAUAGGCACCGGCUGGAAUGUGGUUUUAACCAAUCAGCAUCCAGGAAUAGACUGACCCAUUGUAUAAAGAUAAAUAAUGUACGCUCUAGAAUGCCCUUUAAAGGUAAUCAGAAACGAGUAUUCAACAAUGCCGUGGUAUAAAUGCUUAUAACAAGUUAUAAAGCAUUAUAUCUGUCAGCUUUAAAUAAAGUGUUACCACAAUGCAAUCAAUCAUAAUUCUCCCUCCACAGUAUAGUGACUGGUCCUGGGUCUGUUUUUCCCUCUGUAGGACUACAGCAUGCCCCAUAUUGACUUGUUCACUGAGCCAGAGGGUCACGGCAGGCUAGCACCGUACCAUGACGACACAGUAGAGAUCGGCUCCUUCGGUAUCCCAGAGAACACAGCUUCCAUCAAAGUCCACUCUGGGGUGUAAGUGUAUCUACGGUUGUUCUAUUUACAUGGUGCCUCUUCAGUCCACUCUUGGGCAGGGUAUUCCAAACUCGUUCCUGCCCCCCCCCCCCCUGGUGCACGUUCAACUUUUGGAACCCCUGUUCUUGGGUGUAGGUGCAUCUAUGCUCUUCCUAAAAUGCUACAUCUAAAUGUCUAUGGUGCCUUUUUGAUCCACUGUGGGUUGUCAGUGUCUGUGGUCCUCCUGAACGGUACCUCUAGAUGUCUAUGGUACCUCUUUAGUUUGUUUAGUGUGCUGCUUGGCUCUUGUUGUAAACCUCCUCAGCAACAAGGCAUUCUCCUCAUGGUACUUCUAAUGAGAUUGCUAUCUGGGUAGGCAGUGCGAGAUCUGCAUUACAUUCUGCAGUGCAAUACAACUCUUGCUAUUGUAGAGAAUGAAAUGACUGUUUCAGAGUUGGGGAUAAUGACCUUUCAGAGUGUUGAGCGACCAGGCAAUCCCAAUUCUCUAUGUUGAUUAUUACAUGGCUUCUGGCUGCUACUGAACCAAACCUGGGUCUUGUUCAUUAAGCACUGAAGGGAAGAAAACAGAUUGAACCAAGGAGGGACUACCUGGACGUGUCCAAAUAGAAAUGCUGAUUUUUGUUUUCCGUUCCACAGUGUGCCCUAAUGAACCCGACUUUGAGUUCAAAUAUAAUUUGUCUAAGCCUGCCAGAUCAGAUAAGCUUUUUUUUGUGUGUAUUUCAAAGAAUUUGCAUUGAAGGAGAGUCAGGAAAUGAUUAAAUCCGUGUUUCCCAAACCUGGUCCUGGGGACCUAAAGUCAAGAUAAAACAUUUCUGUUUUUUCCCCAGCACUAACACACAUGAUUCUAAUCAAAGGCAUAAUGGUAAGUUGAUUAGUUGAAUCAUGUGUGUUUGUGCUUAGGCAAAAACCAAAAUGUGCACCCCUUUCUGUCCCCAGGACCAUGAUUGGGCAACACUGGAUUAAAUAAUGAUGGGCAUGUUGAUGUUGUUGUUUUUGGAUGAGGCGUUGUUCUUAAUGUGGUUUGCAUGUGGUAUGCUGUCAUGGUGUUGUUGUUGCAGAUUCACAUGCUCAAAGUGAUUGCCCCUCAGGGAUAAAUAAUGUUUUAAUGGAAUUCAAUUGCAGGCUGAGGAGAGAGAGACAUAGAGAGAGUGAGACAGAGAGAGCACUGACAGAUAAUGAUUACUGUCGGAGGUAGAGCGAGAGAGAGAGAGAGAGGUGGGGUGGGGUGGGAGACUAGUAAAGGUGGGGGACAUACAGAGCUAGAGAAAGAGGAGGGAGAGGUGAGGGAAGAAACUCGUAAAAGUGGAGAGAGAAAGACAGAGAUAGAGAGAGAAAAAAGGAAAGAAAGUGAGAAUCAAAGAUUUUAAAGGUUUGUUUUCGCACGUGAGAGGCACGUUUCAGAACAUUGUGUGCCCUGGCUCUUAGCGGAAGUACACCACAAUAGACCAUUUCCCUCUUCGUCGUCAAAUUGCUACUAAAGACUUGGUUUACUUUGACACGUGGGAUCAAAAAGUCCCCUUUUCUGUGCCCGACAAUCCCGGAAAUUCUUACUGGAGGCAGUUAAAAUUAGAGUUGAUUACUUGUGGCUGUCAAAGAAGUGAUCAUCUAGCCUGGUUACACCAGACCAAUGAUACAGUACAUCAUGGCACCAGACUGAAUAAUGAGUGCAGUGUUCAGUGUAGUUGAACCAGGCUAGAAAAUCAACUCAACACCAAUGUUGUACCCUGAAUACUUUGGACUGUGUUUCCUUAGCAACUCUCCCUGCGGUUCUUUUUCUGACUCAUACAUGGAAUGUCUGAGUACUGUACAGUCUUUCUUUCCUUAGCCUCACUCAGGGUAAACUAGCAUUGUACAGUACUGGGGUAAAAUAAGCUGUCACAGCAUUGGAUAGAGAAUAGAGUUUGACUGUAAAUCUAUCACUGAUGGUUUAUGUGUGAUACACAGGCAUAAUAUGAACCAGGAUUGGCAUCAAUAACGUAACAUUUCAGUUUAAUCAAUGAAUGGAAAUUGAAUCCAUGAUUUCAAAAUUGGCCAUUAUUUGAAUCUAAUCUCAGUUCACCUGCGGACCGAUUCAAAGUUAAGACAACUUGGACAUUCAUGGAAAUCAUUUAUUGAUGUAAGCGCGCUGAUCUCAAGUCUGGAUUAGCCCGCUGCUGAAUUUACUAAAUUGGAAUGGGAGGUACCCUGGUUAGAAGAACAGAUGACUGAUCCAUUGGUGUGUACAUAAUGUUUAGGGAUUCCUGUUCCUCCCCAACACAGGUGGUUGGUGUUCAGUGACCCAGGGUUCCAGGGCCUCCUGGCGGUGUUGGAGAAGGGGGAGUACCCCUGUCCCGAGGCCUGGGGGUUCCACACACCCUUCAUCGGAUCCCUCAGACCCCUCAAAAUGGUGGGUGCUGCAGCAUCUCACAAUAACUGUAUACAGAUGUAGGAUCUUAAUUUGAUCACUCUUUUGUUGCCGAGAAUGUUCCUACACAGCAGGAAAUGCAAACUUGUAGUGCAUUCAAGGUUUCAAAAGGCUUCUAAAGUUUGUAAUUUGAUUUGCCCUAACGAAAAAUGUAUUAACCCCUACAGAAUAUGUCCAUGAAUUAUAAUCCACAUAAUUCACAUUACCUUUUACUGCAGGAUUAUUUUCCUGCUGUAGCAAACUGGCUCAAAUUAAGAUCCGACACUUGUACUGCACAUGAAAUACAUGGAUUAAACUACAAGUCCAUAAAACACAUGGAUGAAACUACAUGUCCAUAAAAUACAUGGAAGCAGGAAGGACAAUGAACAACAAACAAGGCUUAUCUUUAUGUUUUACCUUUUUGUUCUGUUUUCAAUGUUUAAUUACCUUUUGAAAAUACAGGUGCCAAUGUUUAGCAAAUCUGUCCCAAGAGAGAAGAACAGUACAUGCAAAGGAUGAACCAAACUAUAAAAGUGUAUCUUUCUUUUUGGAAUCAUCUUCUCGUUUAACCACAUUUGUGCUUUUAUUGAAUUGUGGAAAUUUGUAUAGUGCUACAGUAUAUAUCUCUAUGAAUGUGUAUUUUAUGGACAUGUAGUUGUAAUCCAUGUAUUUUAUGGACAUGUGAUAAGAUUAAUGUGCAAAUAGUCGUGACUGACUAGUGAGUGAAGCUGUUUGCCAACACAAGCAUGCUAAAUUUGGUUGUGACUAGUGAGCAAUUGUCAAUUGUUCUAAUGAUAUUUUGCCUUGUCUUUCUAUGUCCUAUACCACUCUACAUGAAGGUUAUUAAGUUCACUGUCGUACCAAAUUACUCAAAUUACUCAGACGUAGAGACAGAAUGCACUCAUUCAAUCUGAAUGAGGCAUGUCCAGUCUCUGACCAUCUCUUCUUCUCUCUCUAUCUCUCUCUAUCUCUCUAUAUCAGUCUCCUGAGUGGCGCAGUGGUCUACGGCACUGCAUCGCAGUGCUAGCUGUGCCACUAGAGAUCCUGGUUCAAAUCUAGGCUCUGUCGUAGCCGGCCACGACCGGGAGACCCAUGGGGCGGCGCACAAUUGGCCCAGGGUAGGGGAGGGAAUGGCCGGCAGGGAUGUAGCUCAGUUGAUAGAGCAUGGCGUUUGCAACGCCAGGGUUGUGGGUUCGAUUCCCACGGGGGGCCAGUAUGAAAAAAUAUAUAUAUUAAAAAAUAAUGUAUGCACUCACUAACUCUAAGUCGCUCUGGAUAAGAGCAUCUGCUAAAUGACUAAAAUGUAAAUGUAUCUGUCUCCAGCAGCGUCGCAGUUCAUUAUGCUAUGUGCGUAAAUGGCCGAAUUUGCAUACUGCUGACUCCCACAUCGACGCUGUGUGCGUUUUUAAUUAGUGGAAGAUAGUGCUGUUGUGAUUGAUUCUCUCUCUGUUUGUUGCAGGGUGCCUUCAAGGUGGAGAAUCCUAAUGAAGUCAAGGUACGCCAUUACUUUCUGCUUCACUGUCGCCCUCAAGUUGUCCUGGGUUCAAAUAGUAUUUGUUUCUUUCAAAUACUUUAGCUGCGCUUGAUUGAGUUUGCCUGGCACAAUGGAGCCAAUAGAAUAGUCCCAAAAGGGCAAACCCUUCUGGCACCCCAGACAGGCUUAAUCAAAUGUUUAAAGCAUUUAAAAGAAAACAAAUGCUAUAUAAACCUGUCUGGUUUAUAAAUUCACGUACUAUUUUAGCAUGUUGUCGGCUAACGUAUCGUAAGUCUGACUAUGGAAACACACUGAAAAACAACAACCAAUCACAAAUCAUUACUGUCGGGUCUUGGGGUCAAUCAGGGGUCAAACACCCUCUGAACUGCUCCCUCCUACCUUUGACCUUGGUCUCCUCAGGCUGUGGUGUAUGAGCGGCCUGGCUUUGAGGGGUCCUGUCUGGAGAUGGAUGGGGACGUGUUCUGUUUUGGAGCUGGAGCAGAAGGAGAUGGAGAGGCAUCAAACCUGGAUUCAAACAGACUGAAGUCAGUGGGCUCUGUGAAGAUCCUCAGAGGACUGUAAGUUCAUAUAGCUCUCAACACGUUCAUAUGUAUUUAUGUGGGAGAGAAUACUUUAUCACUGGGUAUUAAGAAACACAAUACACAAUCAAGGUGUCGUGUUGUGAUAGGCAGCGGUACAAAAUGUUACUGUCAGUGAUCCGCAAUCCUGCUCCUGGAGAGCCACAGUACUGGAGACUAUUGUCCCAGGUUUGAACCAUCACACCUGAAUCAACUUAUCAUCUGAUCUUCAACACCUUGAUAACGUGAAUCAGUUGUCUCACUGCUGAGCUGGAACAAAAACCUGCAGUACUGCAGCUCUCCAGAAGCAUGAGUUUAGGAUCACUGUGUUAUAGUAACAUGCAACAUACAUAUUAAGUAAUAGACUGUACAGUGUGUACAAUGUAGCCAAUGUCUAAUUCCCUUUUAUUUGCUGUCCCAGCUGGGUGGGGUAUGACCAACUAGGGUUCGAAGGUCACCAGCAUGUCCUGGAGGAAGGAGAGUACCUGGACUGGAGGGACUGGGGAGGAAUGACUGAUCAGCUACUGUCUAUACGACCUGUACUGGCUGUAGGUAUCAUGCUAUGACCUAGAACUGAAUGGUGUACGAUUUGGUAUGAAAUUAUGAAUUACAGUAUGGAUGAACCCCUGCUAUAAAUGAGAAUCAACCCUCCUCUUGGAGAGGUCUGUGCUCUACACUCUUUCCAAAAGGGUUCUUCGGCUGUCCCCGUAGGAGAACCCAUUUUGGUUCUAGGUAGAACCCUUUUGGAUUCCAUGUAGAACCCUCUGUGGAAAGGGUUCUUUAAGGAACCCAAAAGGGUUCUACCAGGAACCAAAAGGGUUAUACCUGGAACCAAAAAGGGUUCUUCAAAGGGUUCUCCUAUGGGCACAGCCAAAGACAAUUUUAGGUUCUAGAUGGCACCUUUUUCUUCUAAGAGUGUAUUGUAGCCCUAUACAAACACACCUGAUUCAGGUAAUCAAUAGAAUCAGGUGUGCUAGAUUAGGGUUGGAACAAAAGCAUGCAGGGUAGCUCUCGCCAAUGAGGAGGGUUGGGCACCUCUGAUGUUUGAAGUUGUUUGGUAUGGUAACCGAUGGUGUAAAGGUAAGUCAUGAUAGGAUAUUUAUUUUUAUUUAUUUAUUUAUUACAUUUAGCAGACGCUCUUAUCCAGAGCGACUUACAGGAGCAAUUAGGGUUAAGUAUAUUGUUUCUUAUGGUAUGCCAUGACCAUACAAUUAGUUAUACAGUACUAAAACAGACAUUCCCAUUCAAGUCAAUGUUCUAUGAUUGAUGGACCAGCGGUCAUAUUGAGUGUACUCAUGAUUGUACCACUCAAAUUGCUGUGGGCUGAGGGGUUUUGUACAUUCUAGUAGUUCUACUUCUAUGGGCACGACCAAGGAUAUUCUUUGUUUCCUUUCCCCAUGACAGGAUUUCAUGUCACCACACCUCAAGAUGUUCAGUGAGAGAGAAUUUGGCGAGCUGGGCACGAACAUCGACAUCUUAGAACCUAUCAUCAAUAUAGAGGACACCGGCUACGGGCUGAAAACGCAGUCGGUCGACGUUAUGGGCGGAUUGUAAGUCUGAGAUCUCUCUUUCUCUGUUUCCACCUCUGAUGUGCACUGUUAAAGCUACAAUCUGCCAUUUCAACAGCCUGACCCUGCCACUUUGUUUGGUAGGCUUAGGGAUGGGGCUGGGGGAAUGUAACCACUUUCAAAUUCAUACAGACCUAUGGAACCAUGGAUAAUUAAUUGAAAUGAACAUUGAACAACAGGAAAUGUUACAUAUUGUGGCUUUAAAUCUCUCUUGCCCAGUCUUGUGUGUCUUAUAGGAAAAUGACCAGUUAGUUGAUUAUAGAAAGUCAGGGCUGUGCUCUGCUAUUCUGUGUGAAUGUAAUGAGACAUUUACAUACUGUUACCUACUCAUUUACUGUCCUGAUUUCCAGUGAUCUGUAGUAGCUGAGGUCAAGUGUCUUCUAAGUUUCAUUACUAUCACAGUGUCCUGUGGCCUGGCUGACUACAUAAUUCAAAAUUAAAACUACAAAGCUGGAAAUGUAGUGUUCUAAUAAACAGAAGCAAAGUUACAAUGCAACUUCUAAAAGCAUAUUUGAACCUGUAUAGUUAAAGGUAGACUCAGCGAGAUGACGUUGCAAAGAACAGCACCACGGAUAUUGAGAUGAGCGUGAUGCAAGACUUUGCUCUCACACAGUCACACAGAGGAUCUGCACCAGCGGAGGCUGGUGGGAGGAGCUAUAGGAGGACAGGCUCAUUGUAAUGGCUGGAAUGGAAUUAAUGUAACGGUAUAAAACACAUCAAACAUGGAAACCACGUUUGACUCCGUUCCAUUAAUUUCAGUCCAGCCAUUACAAUGAGCCUGUCCUCCAAUAGCUUCUCCCACCAGCCUCCACUGAUAUGCACAUGUGCACGCGUGUGCUUCACGCUGCUACAACGUGGUAGCUACAGGGCCAAAACAGCAGAGAAGUUGUUGCAGAAAUGAACCCACUAUGUGUAGACGUGCAUUCAACGUCGUCUCGCUGAGUCUACCUUUAGAGGAGCACGAAGUAAACAGCAAUAUUGGGCCGAUUGCCGCAACAACUAAGAGCGUUGAAGCGCGCAUUUAAAAUGCUCUGCUGUUUAAAGUCCCGCAUGUUGUAGCUAUUGAAGUGUGCACAUGCGCAGAUACCCUGCGCUCCUCUGUGAGUGCGUCUUCUGGCAUCGCACUCAUCUGCAAGAUCUAUUGUGCUGCCCGUGGCAACGUCAUAUCACGGAGUCUCAGAUAUUUAAGUUAUAAGUGAGCCUUGACCUUGACACAUACUAUCCUACAGCAUGUGCAGCCCUCUAGACUUAAUCGCUGUUACUAAUGUGUGUGUUAGCUAAUUGUUUCUCACUUUGUGGCUGAAAUAUCUGCCUGUUACCUGCAGAGCUAGGUCUAAGGCGUGUUCAUUCAUGUACAGUAUGUUAUCUUAAGUUCCUUCUCUCCAGAUAAGGGUCGUGUUCAUUAGGGCACACCAUACCAAAACAUUUAAAAACGGAAUACAAAAACAAGCAUUUCAAGAUCAAGUUGUUCCUACAUGUUUCACUUCGUUUUUUUGGAACCUAAUGAACAUGACCCAGGUGUGUAGUUGUAGGGCUGACUGUAGGCUGGCUGCCUCUCCCCGGUUGGCACGUUCAGACGGGACUAAAAUUCCUCUGAGACGUUCAGUUCAGUCCACGCCUCAUUUCCUGUGUCUCUCUGUCAGUUGGGAACAGGGUGGGGUACACUAUGUGCAGCAGAACACUUUCACUUGCUUUUGGAGGCACAUCUCUGGUUCUGUUACUGUGUUGUGAACCCUUAUUAUAGUGUACUACGCUGCCUCUCCCCUGUCGUGCCUCUCCCCUGUCGUGCCUCUCCCCUGUCGUGCCUCUCCCCUGUCGUGCCUCUCCCGUCGUGCCUCUCCCCUGUCGUGCCUCUCCCCUGUCGUGCCUCUCCCCUGUCGUGCCUCUCCCCUGUCGUGCUUCUCCCCUGUCGUGCUUCUCCCCUGUCGUGCCUCUCCCCUGUCGUGCCUCUCCCCUGUCGUGCCUCUCCCCUGUCGUGCCUCUCCCCUGUCGUGCUUCUCCCUUGUCGUGCCUCUCCCCUGUCGUGCUUCUCCCUUGUCGUGCCUCUCCCCUGUUGUGCCUCUCCCUUGUCGUGCCUCUCCCCUGUCGUGCCUCUCCCUUGUCGUGCCUCUCCCCUGUCGUGCUUCUCCCUUGUCGUGCCUCUCCCCUGUCGUGCUUCUCCCUUGUCGUGCCUCUCCCCUGUUGUGCUUCUCCCUUGUCGUGCCUCUCCCCUGUCGUGCCUCUCCCGUCGUGCUGCUCCCUUGUCGUGCCUCUCCCCUGUUGUGCUUCUCCCUUGUCGUGCCUCUCCCCUGUCGUGGCCUCUCCCCUGUUGUGCUUCUCCCCUGUCGUGCCUCUCCCAUGUCGUGCCUCUCCCGUCGUGCUUCUCCCUUGUCGUGCCUCUCCCCUGUCGUGCCUCUCCCCUGUUGUGCUUCUCCCCUGUCGUGCCUCUCCCAUCGUGCUCUCCCUUGUCGUGCCUCUCCCUCUCCCCGUGUGCCUCUCGUGCCUGUCGUUGCCGUCUCCCCUGUCGUGCUCUCCUGUUGUGCCUCCUUGUCGGGCCUCUCCCCUGUCGUGGUCGGCUCUUCGCUCCCUGUUGUGCUUCUCCCGUCGUGCCUCUCCCCUGUCGUGCGUGCCUCUGUGCACCUCCCUUUGUGCUCUCCCUUGUCGUGCCUUCCCCUGUUGUGCUUCUCCCCUUGUCGUGCCUCUCCCCUGUCCUCGGCUGCUCUCCCGUCGUGCUUCUCCCUGUGGCCUCUCCUGCGUGCCUCUCCCUGUCGUGCCUCUCCCUGUGUUCUCCUGUCGUGCCUCCCUGUCGUGCCUCUCCUCCUCUGGUGCUCUCCCUGUCGUGCCUCUCCCUUUGUCGUGCCUCUCCCCUGUCGUGCCUCUCCCUGUGUGCUCCUCCCCUGUCGUGUGUCUCUCUCCCCUGUCGUGCCUCUCCCGUCGUGCUUCUCCCUUGUCGUGCCUCUCCCCUGUCGUGCCUCUCCCCUAUCGUGCCUCUCCCCUGUUGUGCUUCUCCCUUGUCGUGCCUCUCCCCUGUUGUGCUUCUCCCUUGUCGUGCUGCUCCCUUGUCGUGCCUCUCCCCUGUUGUGCUUCUCCCUUGUCGUGCCUCUCCCCUGUUGUGCUUCUCCCUUGUCGUGCCUCUCCCCUGUCGUGCCUCUCACCUGUCGUGCCUCUCCCCUGUUGUGCUUCUCCCUUGUCGUGCUUCUCCCCUGUCGUGCCUCUCCCCUAUUGUGCUUCUCCCUUGUCGUGCCUCUCCCCUGUCGUGCCUCUCCCGUCGUGCUUCUCCCCUGUUGUGCCUCUCCCUUGUCGUGCCUCUCCCCUGUCGUGCCUCUCCCCUGUUGUCCUUCUCCCCUGUCGUGCCUCUCCCGUCGUGCUUCUCCCUUGUCGUGCCUCUCCCCUGUCGUGCCUCUCCCCUGUUGUGCUUCUCCCUUGUCGUGCCUCUCCCCUGUUGUGCUUCUCCCUUGUCGUGCCUCUCCCCUGUUGUGCUUCUCCCUUGUCGUGCCUCUCCCCUGUCGUGCCUCUCCCGUCGUGCUGCUCCCUUGUCGUGCCUCUCCCCUGUUGUGCUUCUCCCUUGUCGUGCCUCUCCCCUGUCGUGCCUCUCCCCUGUUGUGCUUCUCCCCUGUCUUGCCUCUCCCCUGUCGUGCCUCUCCCCUGUUGUGCUUCUCCCUUGUCGUGCCUCUCCCCUGUCGUGCCUCUCCCCUGUUGUGCUUCUCCCUUGUCGUGCCUCUCCCUUGUCGUGCCUCUCCCCUGUCGUGCUGCUCACUCAUGCAAAGCUCUGACUAAACUCUGUUAUUCAACCUGUUAACUCAACCCAGCACUCUCUCAAUCUCUCCCUUAUCUCGCUCUCUCCCUUUCCCUCUCUUUCUCCCUAUCUCUCUCUCCUAUCACUCUCUCUCUCUCUCCUCUAUCACUCUCUCUCUCCCCCCUACCUCUCUCUCUCUCCCCUACCUCUCUCCCCCUAUCGCUCUCUCUCUCUCACUCUCUCUCUCCCCUACCUCUCUAUCUCGCUCUCUCUGUCUCUCUCUCCCCUCUCUCUCUCUCUCGUCAGCUUCUGAUGUGGUCUUUUCUAUGCUAUAUAAUACACACACACAGGCACAGGCACAGCCAUCAGAUACACUCUAAUCAAAGACAAUAUUAAUUCAUAGUGUGAGUAGGAGCGUAAGAGCUAAUUAACCACUAUCUAUUAUUAUCUACAUGUUUGAUCUGAAAUGUCAAUGUUAACAUUUAAUAUUAACCUUGGUUUUAAUUACUUUGAUUAUAUCUAUUCAGUUUGUCAGGAUGUCAGUGUGAUGCGGUAGGACGAAGUCAGGCACAGGACACAGAGCUAAUCGAAAACGUACUUUACUCGUAGGUAACGUAAAUAACAUAACCUCCACGCAGGGAGGAACAAACCCGCUCACCAGACGACAACCAAACAUGAACAAACACGCACAACAUACAGUGGGAGCCAGAGGGUUAAAUAGGGAAGUAAUCGAACUGGGAACCAGGUGUGAACAAUAAAGACAAGACAAGUAGAACACAGAAACAUAGAUCGGUAGCAGCUAGUACUCCGGUGACAGUUUUGGGCCAUCUCUGCCCAGGGGAUAAAACCCGACCACUCCCCCGGCCGGUCCUGGCAAUAGGACCGCAGAAACCUACCCACAUCCUGGUUAACUCUCUCCACCUGCCCAUUACUCUCGGGGUGAAAACCUAAGGUCAGGCUGAUCGAGACCCCCAGACGUUCCAUGAACGCCCUCCAGACCCUUGAGGUGAACUGGGGACCCAGAUCCGAUACAAUAUCCUCAGGCACCCCGUAGUGCCGGAAGACGUGUGUAAAUAGGGCCUCAGCAGUUUGUAGGGCCGUAGGGAGACGUGGAAUUGGAAUGAGACGGCAGGACUUAGAAAACCGAUCCACAACGACCAGAAUCGUGGUGUUCCCUUGUGUGGGGGGAAGGUCCAUAACAAAAUCCACCGAAAGAUGGGACCACGGCCGUUGUGGAACGGGGAGGGAUUGUAACUUCCCCCUGGGCAGGUGUCUAGGUGCCUUACACUGAGCGCACACCGAGCAGGAGGAAACAUAAACCCUCACGUCCUUAGCUAAAGUGGGCCACCAGUACUUCCCACUAAGACAGUGCACUGUCCGACCGAUGCCAGGAUGACCAGAGGAGGGUGACGUGUGAGCCCAAUAGAUCAAUCGAUCGCGAACCUCGAGCGGCACGUACACACAACCCUCUGGACACUGGGGGGGAGUGGGCUCGGUACGUAACGCCCGCUCGAUGUCCGCGUCAACCUCCCACACCACCGGUGCUACCAGACACGACGCCGGAAGUAUGGGAGUGGGCUCAAUGGACCUCUCCUCUGUGUCAUACAGUCGGGAUGCCUUAGCGUUCUGGGAACCUGGUCUGUAAGUAAGAGUAAACACAAAACUAGUAAAGAGCAUGGCCCACCGUGCCUGGCGAGGGUUCAAUCUCUUCGCCGCCCGGAUGUACUCCAGAUUGCGAUGGUCAGUCAAAAUGAGAAAAGGGUGUUUAGCCCCCUCAAGCCAAUGCCUCCACACUUUCAGGGCCUUAACCACACCACUAACAGCUCCCGGUCCCCCACAUCAUAGUAGCGCUCCGCCGGACUGAGCUUCUUAGAAAAGAAAGCACAGGGGCGGAGCUUUGGUGGCGUACCCGAGUGCUGAGACAGUACAGCUCCUAUCCCAGCCUCGGACGCAUCCACCUCAACCUGGAAUGCUAAGGAGGGAUCCGGAUGAGCCAGCACUGGAGCCUAGGUAAACAGGUCCUCCAGAUGACCAAAAGCCCUGUCCGCCUCAGCUGACCACUGCAGUCGCAACGGUCCCCCCUUCAGCAAGGAGGUAAUGGGAGCCGCUACCUGACCAAAGCCCCGGAUAAACCUCUGGUAGUAAUUGGCAAAACCCCAAAAUCGCUGCACCUCCUUCACCGUGGAUGGAGUCGGCCAAUUACGCACGGCCGAAAUGCGGUCAAUCUCCAGCUCCACCCCUGACGCGGACAGGCGGUGCCCUAGGAAGGAGAUGGACUCUUGGAAGAACAGACAUUUCUCCACCUUCACAUACAGGUCAUGCUCCAACAGUCGACCAAGCACUUGACGAACCAGGGACACAUGCUCGGCCCGUGUAGCGGAGUAUAUGAGAAUGUGAUCAAUAUACACCACUACACCCUGUCCGUGCAGGUCCCCGAAAAUCUCAUCAACAAAGGAUUGGAAGACUGAUGGAGCAUUCAUCAACCCGUAUGGCAUGACGAGGUACUCAUAGUGCCCAGAGGUGGUACUGAAUGCUGUCUUCCACUCAUCCCCCUCCCGGAUACGCACCAGGUUAUACACGCUCCUGAGAUCCAAUUUUGUGAAGAAGCGCGCCCCGUGCAAUGACUCCGUCAUACUAGCAAUGAGCGUUAAUGGAUAACUAUACUUGAUAGUGAUCUGAUUUAGACCACGGUAGUCAAUGCACGGGCGUAAACCUCCAUCCUUAUUCUUCACAAAAAAGAAACUUGAGGAGACAGGUGAAGUGGAUAGCCGAAUGUAUCCCUGCCACAGAGAUUCGGAGACAUAUGUCUCCAUAGCCGCCGUCUCUUCCUGUGACAGGGGAUACACGUGACUCCGGGGAAGUGCAGCGCCUACCUGGAGAUUUAUCGCACAAUCCCCCUGUAGAUGGGGUGGUAAUUGAGUCGAGAGACAGAUCGGCAUAUUCGGGGGGAAUGUGCAUGGUGGAGACCUGGUUUGGACUUUCCACCGUAGUUGCCCCUAUGGAAACACCUACACACCUCCCCGAGCACUGACUUGACCAUCCCUUGAGAGCCCUCUGUUGCCAUGAAAUAGUGGGGUCAUGAGAAGUUAACCAGGGAAGCUCCAACAGCACUGGAAACGCAGGAGAAUCAAUCAGAUAGAGACACAUUUUCUCCUCAUGACCCCCCUGCGUUUUCAUCCAGAGUGGAGGUGUGACCUCCCUAAUCAGGCCUGACCCUAAAGGGCGACUAUCUAAGGCAUGUACAGGGAAGGGCACAUCAACAGGAACAAAAGGAAUCCCUAAACUACAGGAAAACUGACGAUCAAUAAAGUUCCCAGCUGCGCCUGAAUCUACGAGCGCCUUAUGCUGGGAAUGAGGGGAAAACUCUGGAAAUACAAUAUCAAUACACAUAUCCGCAACAGGGAGCUCUGGGUGAGUCGGGUGCCUACUCACCUGAGACGGUCCACCAGUGCUCUGCCUACCGCCUCGACUCCGUAAAGACCCUCCCCAGCACCGACCAGCAGUGUGUCCUCCGCGGCCACAGUUGGUGCAGGAGAUGGCCCUCCUUCCGGUCUCCCUAAGUGCAGCACCUCCGAGCUCCAUAGGAGUAGGGUCAGAGGUGCUGGGGGAUGGAAUGGACGCCGAAGCCUGCCCGAGCAAGGAGGAGGAGCAGCCUCGGCUGAAUCCGUGACACAGUUGUUAUAGAUUUUGUCUUCGGUGUCAUCCAUCAGAAGAGCACAAAAAAUACCGUAAAAUUCAUUAUAAUGUGCAGCUCAGUUUAAUUUGCCUUUCUCUAAUGAUAUGCGUUUAGGGUUGCCAAAUUACAGUAACUUUCCCUAAAUUCCCCCGGAGGAUUACACAUUUCCUGCUUAUUCCAUCCUGAUUCUGAGAAACCUCCAGCCGGGAUUUCUGGAAAACCUGGGAAUUCUGGAAAGUUACCAGAAUUUUUUUAACCUUAACCUGAGUUUAGUCAACUGUGUGAUUCGUGGAUGCAUGUGAUGCAACCACGAGUUAGUCUUUGGCACUUCUGUUUGAAAUGUUAUUUGCUCACUGCCAACUGUUCACGCAAAAUGCUGGCCCUCGUACUGAAACAUCGAGGCACUAUCUGAACUUGAGCAAUAAGAAACACUAAUGAAUACGGCCUUUGUGUGUCCCUCCUAGGUGGGUGGCAUUCGAGGAGGCAGGGUUCUCUGGAAAGGCGUAUGUGUUGGAGAAAGGCCUCUACGGAAGCCCAGAGGACUGGGGGGCCCUCAGCUCCAAGAUCACAUCCGUCAUGCCCGUCAUUCUGGUAAGAUCAACAAAAUAUUAAAUUACUAAUAUUAUAAAGAUAAAGUAUUCAUAUAAUACAAUGUAUUAAUAUUGCAAGGAUAAAUUAUUAACAUUAUAAAAUAUUAAAUAAUUGAAAUAUGAUUGAAAUAUUCUGUAAUCAGUUACAUCCGUUUGAAAGGGGGGCAAGGUGAUAGUGCACUAUGUAGGGAAUAGGGUGUCAAUUGGGACGCAUCCAAUGAUAAUUACAAAGUAAUCUAUGACCAAUAGACUGAUCCAAGAAUUGUGAAAUCAUUUCCUCAGUUCUCUCAGUAAUGCCCUCGUUUGUGGUCUCUUCUAGGAUAAUCUGGGAAAAUCCUCCAAGUUUAAGGUAUGUCAACCAAAAGCAACAGGUCCAACCUACAUGUCUUUGUCAUAGCUUUUGGAAACCACUCCAUGAAAGCCACAUAUUUGACAGAAUCUGACAGUGUAUCGGUUGUGUGUCUCAGAUGCAGUUGUUCUCGGAGCCGGAGUUCCAGGGUUCUGUCCACGUUCUAGAGGACAGUGUUUCUGCCCUGCCACACGGCUUCUCCCUGGGUUCCUGCAGGGUGCUGGCUGGCAGGUGAGUGCAGCACUUAUGUUAUUCCUCCAACGUUCUUCGCUGAUCUGGUGGUCCUCUGUAGCUCAAUUGGUAGAGCAUGGCGCUUGUAACGCCAGGGUAGUGGGUUCGAUCCCCGGGACCACCCAUGCGUAAAAAUGUAUGCACACAUGACUGUAAGUCGCUUUGGAUAAAAGCGUCUGCUAAAUGGCAUAUUAUUAUUAUUAUUAUUAUCUGUAGAUGCAGAUUGUAACAUGUACAGUAUCUUUCUCGUACCAUUAGCUACAUACUUUGCCACAUGAAGUUACUGGUGGCCACAGUCAUAUCUACAGUUAUAGAUGAUGCUUGUAUUUUUAUACAUUUGCAGUUGGAACAUUAUGAUGAUGGAGAAAAAUAAUCUCAUUUUUCUCUAUGUGUGUGUGUGUGUGUGUGUGUGUCUGUGUGUGUGUGUGUGUGUGUCUGUGUGUGUGUCUGUGUGUGUGUCUGUCUGUCUGUCUGUCUGUCUGUCUGUCUGUCUGUCUGUCUGUCUGUCUGUCUGUCUGUCUGUCUGUCUGUCUGUCUGUGUGUGUGUGUGUGUGUGUGUGUGUGUGUGUGUGUGUGUGUGUGUGUGUGUGUGUGUCUGUCUGUCUGUGUGUGUCUGUCUGUGUGUGUGUGUGUGUGUGUGUCUGUGUGUGUUCCAGCUGGCUGGCGUUCGAGGGCCAGGGCUUCACUGAGAGGAUGUAUGUGUUGGAGGAGGAGGACUACCCUGAUCUGAGGGCGAUGGGGUGUGUGGAGCCCAACUCCUCUGUCCUGUCCCUGCAGACCACUGGCUUUGUGAGUACUCUGUCUGUGUUGUAAAUGGCACCCUAUUCCCUACAUAGUGCACUCCUUUUGACCAGGGCCAUAGGGUAUAUAGUAGUGCACUAUACAGGGAAUAGGGUACUAUUUGAGAUGCAAAAUAUGUCAACUGGCGGCCCAUCCCUGACUCAGUCGGGGUCCCAAACAUUCCCACACUGUUCCUGCAACUCACAUCUCUCUGCUGGAGGUGAAUGCAUUGGAAGAUGAAAAGUUAACGUUUUCUGAUGUUGCGAGUUAGAAUAGUAGACUACACAAAGUGCAAUUUUGAAAUGUGGUUGUGCACCAGCAGUUUUACGCUUGUUAUGUCAGUCACUGAUAGUCAGUCAAUUAGCCCAUGUCCGCUAACAUUGAAUGCUAAAUUAGUUUAGAGGCCAGCUAUCUAAACUUGUUAUCGUGGUCGAAUUACUGUCCGCGGGGGCCCCAUUGAUUUUGUUAGUCAGUCUCACUCAGAUAUCAUAUUAAAAACUGUAAACAUUUCUGUCCACCCUAUGGCAAAAUGUGUAGAAUUGCAAGAAAUUAACUUUAAAACAAUUUCUCUCUGCUGUCAAGAGGGGGGCCACUAAGAGUUGCCCAUCCCUGGUCUAUGUCAACCUUCAAUGGCACAAAGAAAAAUAUAUUUUUCCAGUUUUUCAUCCAAUACAUUGGAUCCACAUAAUCACGUGACUUCAUCCAAUAAAAUAAUGGUUUGGUGUGAAGGGUUACAAUAGGAAUAGUGGCAAUCUAUAUACACUACAUGACCAAAAGUAUGUGGUCACCUGCUCGCCGAACAUAUCAUUCCAAAAUCAUGGGCACUAAUAUGGAGUUGGUCCCCUCUUUGCUGCUAUAACAGCCUCCACUCUUCUGGGAAGGCUUUCCACUAGAUGUUGGAACAUUGCUGCUGGGACUUGCUUCCAUUCAGCCACAAGAGCAUUAGUGAGGUCGGGCACUGAUGUUGGGCGAUUAGGCCUGGCUCGCAGUCGGCAAUCCAAUUCAUCCCAAAGGUGUUCGAUGGGGUUGAGGUCAGGGCUCUAUGCAGGCCAGUCAAGUUCUUCCACACCGAUCUCGACACAUUUCUGUAUGGACCUCACUUUGUGCAUGGGGGCAAUGAAACAGGGAAGGACCUUCCCCAAACUGUUGCCACAAAGUUGGAAGCACAGAAUCGUCUAGAAUGUCAUUGUAUGCUGUAGCGUUAAGAUUUCCCUUCACUGGAACUAAGGGGCCUAGCCCAAACCAUGAAAAACAGCCCCAGACCAUUAUUCCUCCUCCACCAGACUUUACAGUUGGCACUAUGCAUUGGGGCAAGUAGCGUUCUCCUGGCAUCCGCCAAACCCAGAUUCGUCCGUCGGACUGCCAGAUGGUGAAGCAUGAUUCAUCACUCCAGAGAACGCGUUUCCACUGCUCCAGAGUCCAAUGGCGGCGAGCUUUACACCACUCCAGCCGACUCUUGGCAUUGCGCAUGGUGAUCCUAGGCUUGUGUGUGGCUGCUCGGCCAUGGAAACCCAUUUCAUGAAGUUUCCAACGCACAGUUCUUGUGCUGAUAUUACUUCCAGAGGCAGUUUGGAACUCGGUAGUGAGCGUUGCAACCGAGGACAGACGAUUUGUACGCGCUACGCGCUUCAGCACUCGGCGGUCUCGUUCUGCGAGCUUGUGUGGCCUACCACUUCGCGGCUGAGCCGUUGUUGCUCCUAGACGUUUCCGCUUCACAAUAACAGCACUUACAGUCGACCUGGGCAGCUUCUAGCAGGGCAGAAAUUUGACGAACUGACUUUUUGGAAAGGUGGCAUCCUAUGACAGUGCCACGUUGAAAGUCACUGAGCUCUUCAGUAAGGUAAUUCUACUGCCAAUGUUUGUCUAUGGAGAUUGCAUGGCCGUGUGCUCGAUUUUAUAUACAUGUCAGCAACGGGUGUGGCUGAAAUAGCUGAAUCCACUCAUUUGAAGGGGUGUCCACAUACUUUUAUCCACUAAUUUGAAGGGGUGUCCACAUACUUUUAUCCACUCAUUUGAAGGGGUGUCCACAUACAUUUGUAUAUGUGGUGUAUCUGCUGCUUGGCUCAGGACAUGUUUAAGUAGCUUGAAGGUUAAAGGUCAAAAACAAAAUUUAAAUGUAUGAAAAUGUUUAGUCAUUCAAACAAUAAAACGUUUGAGUGGGUGUUCUCAUACCAUUGUCAGGGGUAUAAAUAACCUCCAACUCUCUCCAUCUCUCUCUCUCCAUCCCCCUCCCUCCCUCUCCCUCCCUCCCUCUCCAUCCCCCUCCCAUUCUCUCUCUCUCUCUCUCUCUCUCUCUCUUUCUCUCUCUUCCUCCUCAUAGGAGUUCUCGCUGCCCUCUGUCACCCUGUUUGAGAGGACAGGUCUACGGGGGAAGAGGGUGGUUCUGACCGCCGGCUCGGUCAACCUCCAGCUUGCCAAAGGCUGCAGCCUGGUCCAGUCUGUCCUGGUGGAGGGAGGCAUGUGAGUACAUACAGCACAUCCUGUCUGUCCUUAUGCCUCUGUCUGUCGUCUGCCUACCUGUCUGUCUGUCUGAGGUCAUAUAUUUGUAUGCAUGAGCCUCCUAGUCUCGCGCACCAGACACACCUCCCCAAGUUGUGCACAAUGGCCUGUGGCCAAGGUUAUGGGGCCCUUCCUAACCACAGACAGAGCUCCGUGUUCUUUGUGUGGGUGUGUCGCUGGUGAGUGCAUUUGUCUAAGAGAAUCAUACUCAGGCUUCCCCAGGAAGCUAGCUCUUACGUUUAUUUCCUUACAGUACAUACUAUAUAAAGGAACACACCAAGCUGGAAAGAUAAUUUUUCUUUGGAGCUGUUAGAAAUGGCACUGACGUGUGACACAGCCAUGUGUACUCCUUUAUCCACUGACAGACAUGUGUAGUCUUUCUUUAGCUCAACGCCAAGAGACCACGUGUCGACGCUUAAUACAAGUAGUUCACACACUGUGAGCAAAUUAAUCACUGUAUUUACAAUGCCAAAAGGAUUCUCGUGAGUCAUCGUACUACUUCACUGCCGCUUUCCAUGAAAAUCCCCAGACCAGUUCAUCAACCUUUUGUAAACACAGAGCACAGCACACUUCACACUAGUCUUCUGGGUGGGUAUUAGUAGAUUACAGUUGGAGCUAUUAUUACACAGUUCACAGUUAUGGAAAUGGUGCACAGUCAGCAGGGAGUAGGAGUUAGUCUAGUGUAGAAUGCACGGUCAGCAGGAAGUAGGAGCUUAGUCUAGUGUAGAACACACGGUCAGCAGGAAGUAGGAGUUUAGUCUAGUGUAGAACACACGGUCAGCAGGAAGUAGGAGUUUAGUCUAGUGUAGAACACACGAUCAGCAGGAAGUAAAAGUUGAGUCUAGUGUAGAAUAUACGGUCAACAGGAAGUAGGAGUUUAGUCUGGUGUAGAAUGCACAGUCAGCAGGAAGUAGGAGUUUAGUCUAGUGUAGAAUGCACAGUCAGCAGGAAGUAGGAGUUUAGUCUAGUGUAGAACACACGGUCAGCAGGAAGUAAAAGUUGAGUCUAGUGUAGAAUAUACGGUCAACAGGAAGUAGGAGUUUAGUCUAGUGUAGAAUGCACAGUCAGCAGGAAGUAGGAGUUUAGUCUAGAACACACGGUCAGCAGGAAGUAGGAGUUUAGUCUAGUGUAGAACACACGAUCAGCAGGAAGUAGGACUUUAGUCUAGUCUAGAACACACAGUCAGCAGGAAGUAGGAGUUUAGUCUAGUGUAGAACACACGGUCAGCAGGAAGUAGGACUUUAGUCUAGAACACGCAGGAAGUAGGAGUUUAGUCUAGUGUAGAACACACAGUCAGCAGGAAGUAGGAGUUUAGUCUAGUGUAGAACACACAGUCAGCAGGAAGUAGGAGUUUAGUCUAGUGUAGAACACACGGUCAGCAGGAAGUAGGACUUUAGUCUAGUCUAGAACACACAGUCAGCAGGAAGUAGGAGUUUAGUCUAGUGUAGAACACACAGUCAUCAGGAAGUAGGAGUUUAGUCUAGUGUAGAACACACGGUCAGCAGGAAGUAGGAGUUUAGUCUAGUGUAGAACACACGGUCAUCAGAAAGUAGGAGUUUAGUCUAGUGUAGAAUGCGCAGUCAGGCAAUGGGGGACUGUGUAUUUUUUUUACGACCUUUUUGCCCAUAGCACAAGGUAAUACUGAACGCAUUAUUAAGAAACGCUAUCUUACCUCUGAAGUUACUACAGAUUUUAUUGAGUGUAUGAACAAUACUCUGUCACCUAUUCUGCCUUCCUCUUGUGAUGAUUUAGUUGAUAACUUUAAUAGCAAGUUAAGGGCAACCGUUGAUGCCAUAGCUCCAGUAAAGCUGAAAAGGCCACAUCCAAACGGAGAGCCCCUUGGAUGAGUGGGGAAACAAAUAAAUUAAAUAGAAAUAGAGUUUGCAAAGCUGUCAUCAAGGCAACGGGUGGCUAUUUGAUUUUCUGGUUACUACAUGAUUCCAUAUGUGUUAUUUCAUUGUUUUGAUGUCUUCACUAUUAUUCUACAAUGUAGAGCAUAGUAAAAAUUAAGAAAAACCCUGGAAUGAGUAGGUGUGUCCAAACUUUUGACUGGUGCUGUAUGUAAAUGUGAUAUUUACAUUAUUAUUAUUUUUGCAAACAUUUGCAAACAUUUCUACAAACCUGUUUUUGCUCUGUCAUUAUGGGGUACUGUGUGUAGAUUGAUGAGGAAAAAAUAUAGUUUAAUACAUUUCAAAAUAAGGCUGAAAUGUAACAAAAUGUGGAAAAAGUCAAGGGGUCUGAAUACUUUCCGAAUGCACUGUAUAACAAGGCGAUUAGAAAUGCCAGACGGCAAAUUUUUCGAACUUGAUCACUAAUAAUCUGAAUAAUUCGAGAGUGCUCGAAUGGCCUGAUAAAUUCUACCCCCGCAAACCUAUGUGAACUUUCCUCCACAUCUAAAUUUGAUGAGUUUGCAGCAUGUUUCAGAGAUAAGAUAACCAACAUUAGGCAGGGUAUCAGUCAAGCAAGACCUGCUGAGAAGUUUGAUGAUAUGUGCCCUAGCCUACCACGCAAAGGCACUAUGGAUGUAUUUUCCCUGGUUGACACAGACAUGCUCAGGAAAGUGAUAUCACAACUUAAGCCUUCUACCUGCCUUCUCGAUCCUAUCCCCACCACCUUCUUCAAAAGUGUUUUUAAUUGCAUAUCUGAAGAAGUGCAAGCUAUUGUUAAUCACUCCCUGUUCACAGGCACUUUCCCCACUGCACUAAAAACUGCUAUGGUGAAACCCCUUCUGAAGAAAGUAAUCUAGAUUCUUCAGUUCUUAGCUAUUUUCAGCCAAUCUCUAACCUUCCAUUCUUAAGCAAAAUUCUGGAGAAAUUGGUUUUCAAACAGCUAAAUUAUUUUUUAAGUGCCAACUGUAUUUUAGAAAAAUUCCAAUCUUUAUUCCGUGCCCACCACAGCACAGAGACAGCCUUAGUUAAAGUGGUAAAUUAUCUUAGAGCCAACACAGAUGCCAAACAGCUUUCUGUCCUUGUACUCUUGGAUUUACAGUGGGGAAAAAAAGUAUUUAGUCAGCCACCAAUUGUGCAAGUUUUCCCAAAAGAUGAGAGGGGCCUGUAAUUUUCAUCAUAGGUACACAUCAACUAUGACAGACAAAAUGAGAAUUUUUUUUCCAGAAAAUCAUAUUGUAGGAUUUUUAAUGAAUGUAUUUGCAAAUUAUGGUGGAAAAUAAGUAUUUGGUCAAUAACUAAAGUUUCUCAAUACUUUGUUAUAUACCCUUUGUUGGCAAUGACACAGGUCAAACGUUUUCUGUAAGUCUUCACAAGGUUUUCACCCACUGUUGCUGGUAUUUUGGCCCAUUCCUCCAUGCAGAUCUCCUCUAGAGCAGUGAUGUUUUGGGGCUGUCGCUGGGCAACACAGACUUUCAACUCCCUCCAAAGAUUUUCUAUGGGGUUGAGAUCUGGAGACUGGCUAGGCCACUCCAGGACCUUGAAAUGCUUCUUACGAAGCCACUCCUUCGUUGCCCGGGCGGUGUGUUUGGGAUCAUUGUCAUGCUGAAAGACCCAGCCACGUUUCAUCUUCAAUGCCCUUGCUGAUGGAAGGAGGUUUUCACUCAAAAUCUCACGAUACAUGGCCCCAUUCAUUCUUUGCUUUACACGGAUCAGUCGUCCUGGUCCCUUUGCAGAAAAACAGCCCCAAAGCAUGAUGUUUCCACCCCCAUGCUUCACAGUAGGUAUGGUGUUCUUUGGAUGCAACUCAGCAUUCACUGUAUUUUGGUUUCAUCUGACCAUAUGACAUUCUCCCAAUCCUCUAGCAAACUUCAGACGGGCCUGGACAUGUACUGGCUUAAGCAGGGGGACACGUCUGGCACUGCAGGAUUUGAGUCCCUGGCGGCGUAGUGUGUUACUGAUGGUAGGCUUUGUUACUUUGGUCCCAGCUCUCUGCAGGUCAUUCACUAGGUCCCCCUGUGUGGUUCUGGGAUUUUUGCUCACCGUUCUUGUGAUCAUUUUGACCCCACGGGGUGAGAUCUUGCGUGGAGCCCCAGAUCGAGGGAGAUUAUCAGUGGUCUUGUAUGUCUUCCAUUUCCUAAUAAUUGCUCCCACAGUUGAUUUCUUCAAACCAAGCUGCUUACCUAUUGCAGAUUCAGUCUUCCCAGCCUGGUGCAGGUCUACAAUUUUGUUUCUGGUGUCCUUUGACAGCUCUUUGGGCUUGGCCAUAGUGGAGUUUGGAGUAUGACUGUUUGAGGUUGUGGACAGGUGUCUUUUAUACUGAUAACAAGUUCAAACAGGUGCCAUUAAUACAGGUAACGAGUGGAGGACAGAGGAGCCUCUUAAAGAAGAAGUUACAGGUCUGUGAGAGCCAGAAAUCUUGCUUGUUUGUAGGUGACCAAAUACUUAUUUUCCACCAUAAUUUGCAAAUCAAUUCAUUAAAAAUCCUACAAUGUGAUUUUCAGGAUUUUUUUUCUCAAUUUGUCUGUCAUAGUUGACGUGUACCUAUGAUGAACAUUACAGGCCUCUCUCAUCUUUUUAAGUGGGAGAACUUGCACAAUUGGUGGCUGACUAAAUACUUUUUUUCCCCACUGUAUGUGCUGCAUUCGACACUGUUGACCAUGAUGACCUUCUGGACAAACUGGAGAGGUGGGUUGACCUCUCCGGUCCAGUUCUAAAUUGGUUUAGGAGCUAUUUAACCGGUCAAGAGUUUUUUGUCACCCUUGGUGAACAUAACUCAGAGAAAAUGUGGCAUUCCACAUGGUUUGAUUUUGGGUCCGGUACUGUUUAGUUUAUAUACGUUACCCCUUGGCAGCAUUAUCAGAAAGCACAGCAUUGAUUUUCACUGCUACGCAGACGAUACACAACUUUAAAUUUCUGUGUCACCAGAGGAUUUUAGCUCCACGGAUAAAUUAUUAGACUCUAUUAGUGAUUUAAAUACUUGGAUGGCUCACAACUACCUCCAGCUAAAUCAAGACAAGACCGAGGUACUUAUUUUUGGAGCCAAAGCACAGAGAGCGAAUCUGGCCGCACAUUUUAAUUCACAGGCAAUAAAGAUAAAACAGCAGGUAAAAAACCUAGGUGUUAUUUUUGAUUCUGAACUUAAUUUCAAAUCACACAUUAGGAAUGUGACCAAAAUAGUUUUUUACCACCUGAGGAACAUUGCCAAGGUGCGGCCGUUUCUCUCUCAGGCUGAUACAGAGAGACUCAUCCAAGUUUUUAUUACAUGCAGGCUUGACUACUGUAAUGCUCUCCUGUCUGGUCUACCCAAGAAAGUAAUUGGUCAACUGCAAAACAUACAGAAUGAUGCCACACGGGUACUGACCAAGACCAGACGGAGAGCACACAUUACACCGGUUUUAAGGUCUCUGCACUGGCUGCCUGUGAGUUUUAUAAUUAAUUUUAAGAUUAUUCUAUUGGUAUUUAAAUCAACCCACGAUUUUGCACCCCAAUACAUGUUAGACAUGCUUUACGUGAUUAGGUCCCUCAGGUCCUCUGGCACUGGCCUUUGAACUAAGCCUAGGACCAAGAGGCAUGGAGCUGGAGCCGUUAGUUAUUAGAGUUAUUAUCCCAAACUGUGGACAUAUUAAAAGAGAUCUUAAAACACACCUUUUUAGCUUUGCUUUUCCUUAGGGUGCUUUUUAAUCGUUCAGUUUGUAUUGUUAUUCUUUUGUUUUUUUAUCAUCUUAUGUUUGUUGUGUAGUAAAUAUUUAUUUUCAUACUUAUUUUUUUAAGCACAUUAUGUUGCAUUCCAUGUCUGAAAUGUGCUGUAUAAAUAAAGCUUGAUUUGAUUUGAUUUGAAGAGGGAAGGGAAGGGACUUGGAAUCGUGGGAUAUUAUUAGGUAGUGAGGAGCCAGGUGGAAAGUUCCCAAUGGUGUGUGACAUUCAGACUGGAGAUGUGGACUCACCUCUGGAACACACAGAAACACAACGGGACCCAGCAGGGUCAGACCUAUAACUCAUGAGUGGGACCUUCUUGCACGGAGAGAAAUGGGAUGAGGCCUAAGGAAUGGAGCAGAUAAAGCGAUGACAUCAGCACAGACCCAACAGCAUAGACAGCAUGUUACUGUGUGGAUGUGUUCUAGUUUCUAUGGGGGUUGAGUGGGUGAAAAGGCAAAGCAAUCACUCCUUACUAAUUGAUAUGUGAGUGAGACACUUAGUUUGGUAACUGUGUUUUGACCUUGUCUUUGAUUGACACUUGUCUUUGAUUGACACUGAGUGAAAAGUUCAAGGAAUAAUUUAUGUCUGAUAUGUAUGUGAGACACUAAGCUUUGCAAGUGUGUAUUGAUACUUUUUGAUUGACACUUGGUUACUUCUUUGAUUGACAGGUGGGUGCUGUAUGAGGGGAUCAACUACCGCGGAGCUCAGAUUCUGCUGAAGCCCGGCGAGGUGCCCGACUGGCGCAGAUUCAGUAGCUGGCAGCGAAUCGGAUCCCUGCGCCCACUGAUCCAGGUAAGAAGCCAUCUCAAAUGUGAUUACAUGAUUAUAUGGGCGCACAGAGAUUAAGGCCGGGAUUCAAUAAAAGUUGUGUUAUAGAACUACACACUAUAACAGAUUUUUGAAGGUAAUUUACACUUGAGCCAACAUCGGCAGCGUUUACCGUUAUUGUGAUCUCUGCAAAAGUCAGGGAAAAUGCCUUUUAAAGGUGUACUGUUGGCUUCUAUAGUGCAAUACUGUGUAACGGGCCGAUCAAGGGGGCUUUACAUAAUAUUCUAUGUGAGCACAAGCGCUGCAUGGCAGACAGGAAUGCAUUGAGAGCAUGUUGAACUGAGAACUACCUGUGUGUGUGUAAACACUAAUCAAGUGUGUGUGUGUGUGUGUGUGUCUGUGUUACAUGAGCAGCGACAGGUGCACUUCCGGUUGAGGAGCCAGGAGGAGGGCCUUCUAAUGUCUGUCACCGGGGAGAUGGAUGAUAUCAAGCUGAUGCGUAUCCAGGCAACAGAGGAGAUGGGCGGAGUCCAACAGAUCUGGUUCUAUCGGGACGGACAUCUCCACUGCAAGGUAGCAUCGUCAUGGCAACAGGGUGUUUAGAGUAAAGUCCUGCCCAUGCCCGUGACGUUCAGGCCCUACCCUACCCAGGCCCGAUGGGUUCUGCCAAAUUUAAGGCCCGAAACCAGAAAUAACUUCCUACAUUAGUAAAUCCAUUAGCUGCUCCUCUCUGUCUGUCACUCAAUCGCUCCCUGCGUGCAGGCAGCUUGCUCUGCAUGCACACUGCUCAUGGUGGCUCUGAGUCUGUGUAUCCAUAGCAACGGCUCUGCCAGAAAUAUUAGAGAAAGGAGGAGAUAGGAAUCCUAUUGGGCAAUGAAUGGAGGAACGAAUAGCGCCCCACCCAGCAGACUGUCGACCAAUCGCGUUGACGUUGUCAUGUUGCGUCACGUGGUUGCUAAGCUAAUCAUCACAAAAUCAAGGUGUGAGUCGAGAAACAUGCCUAUUUUCCUCAAAAGUACGUAAUGUCACGAUUCCAAAGCUAUACAGAUAGCAAGAUAAUUAUCUCACAUCUCUGAAAAGAUUUGUAAUGUUGUACUUCUUAUUGACGAAAUUCAUGAUAAUGCUGGGUUUUUGACCUAGCGCCCAACUGACUCCCAUUCACGCCUUGAAAGAGAGCUAUCCUUGUCCCAGAAUUCACUGUAUGGCCCAUUGACGUAGCAUGGGCAACGUACACAAUGGGCAUUAAUACUAUUCCAAUGGAGUUUCCCAUCUCCUUAAAAGUAUCUCUGGCUCUGCUCAACGAACAGAGACAUGAGAGAGCAGUUAGCUGUUAGCUACUUUUGGUCACUCUAAACUCUGACAAAACUCAAGGAACAUUCUAAAUUUUUUGAAAUAAUCUCUCCUGUUUUAUAUUUGACGAGGUUGAAGCACUUCUGACUCCUUAUGAUCUUAGUCAGAUAUGACUGUACUGUGCAACAGAGUACGAGCAAAUGGCUUCAAAAUGUUAGUGAUCAAUUUAGUGAUACCCAAGCCCUUAUUAUGUUAUUGAUGAGAAAACAGGCCCUACCCGGCCCUAACCAGAUGUAUAAUGUCGGGGCCCGUCAGGCUCGGGUCGGGUAGCAGAGCUCCAGUUUAGAAGAGGAGGUGGACAGGCCAGGAAAACUGUGACUUAUCAAGCACUAGAGCAGGGGUAUUUAAAUCUGAUCCUGGUGUACUGCUGGUUCUUGGGUAAUACAUUCCUUGGGGAUUUGUUAAGUAUUCUAUCUAACUAGUAGUCUAUGUUUUGGUCGUGGGCUGCACCUACAGCUCUUAGAGUUUAUUCUUCCAGAGAAGCACUCGGAACGUGGCCUUGUAACUUUACAUAAAUUGAAUGCCAUCCAUUUCAUUGUUAAUGGAUUAUCGACUAUUUUUGGGAGUAGAAAUUUUGAGUAAGCAUGUUGAUUAUUAUUUCAUGAACUUUAAAUUCAGACCCAUGACUUCAAGUAGUUAGUUUAUAACAGCCUUUGGACUCCAGCUCGGUACUCCCUGCCACGGUCCCACAGCAUCAUGCGCUAUCCUUCACUUAUAUGGUUUAUUACAACGCUCAACUAGUUUUUAUGCUUGAUGCAGGCCCAUUCUUUAUUUUAAGUGUGUGAUUGAAUGUCGGUACAAAUGACUUCCUCUUUAUAGGAUAAUAAAGUUUUUAAAUCUAAGGUUUUCUACUCUGUGUUUCCAGGUGCUGGAGGAUUGCUGUGUGGCUCCGUGUAGCAGCGUGGCCAUGGCAGGCAGUCGUAUGGGCCUCUCACCUGAGCCCGGCAAACAACCCUCCUGCUGGAGCAUCACGCCUGAUGGCCUUAUCCGCUACACCGCCAGCCCAGACCUGGUCCUGGAGGUCAAAGGUGAGGCAGAAACAACAACAGACAUGGGUUACCAGGGUCAUAUUCACUAGGCUACACUAAUGAAUACGGUCCCAACUCCCCAGCCACUCCUGUAGAUCUGAGAGGAUUUGAUAGGUAGAAGCAAUAUGAUGACAUUCCCACCCAGCCAAUCAGAAGGCAAGAGAAACCUAUUGCAAUAAUGCUUCUACCUCUUGGAGCUACAGGAACUAGUCUGUGUCAGUGUAAUUUAUUGUUCACUGGUUUCACUUCAUUCAGUUCUGGGGUUUUACAUAGGCGAUUAGGUAACUUCACUAGAAACAUUGUGAAUUAGCGACACCUUGUGGAUGGACUAAGACGUGACAACAGGCUGCAGCUGGAUUCAGUAUCAAAUAGGCUUGUGUCAAGUUUAGAGACAGACAGGCUAAAUCCCAAAACACUCCCUUCCCCUCUCCCCUCCAUUUGCGCAUUCCCUCAAGCCUCCGCCAUAUGCACAAGUGACCCAAGGAAGGGCCUUACAAGUGACCCAAGGAAGGGCCUUACAAGUGACCCAAGGAAGGGCCUUACAAAAAUUUGCCCCUCCUUUGAGGUAAUCACUAAUCAGUAAGUCAUUGGAUAAGUUAAGGCAACGUUUCCACUUUUGCUUUCACUGACCCAACCUUGGCAGAUCAGUGAUUGCCCCAAGGAAGCUAGGACACAUUGUAUUUAAACAGGGCCCAACUCAAAUAAUUUUGUCUGUCCUUGCAGGUGGUCAACACUAUGACAGAAACCAGGUGAUUCUCAACACGUUUGAUCCAAACAAACCUAACCAAAGAUGGACAGUGGAGAUUCUCUGAGGUCUUGUUUUGAGAGGGAAGAACUGGGUGUAGUCUCUGAGGUGCAGUAUGAUGAAGGGCCUCACAGCUCUGUGGCGCAGCUGCAGCGUGGGCCUCAUACAGGCGUCAAGGACAAGAUGCCUCAGGAACAGAACAUUUGCUGCUGGAAGAGAAGCUCAUAUACA